AUGGUGCCUCGCGUGUCUGCGGCUCACCCGCCCUGGCUGAGAGGGGCAAAAGCCAGAGCGGGGGCCGGGAUACAGCCCUGUCGGGGGGCGGGGUUUAAUGCCGGCUGCUCGGGGUUGUUGACGGAAGUGGCCUCCUGCGCUGCAGCGAGGCGGCUGCUGCCUGGACGAGACGGUGUCUCCGGCUCUGCGUUAGCAAAGGCCAGAUAUAUAUUAAAUAAAAUGAAGCCGGCUACAGGACAUUAUUUGAUUCUGGGUUGUUUUUGUCUGGCUUUCUAUUCUGGGUGUACUUCAUAUAAAUUCCUGGAAAGUGAGCACCAUCCUCACACUUGGAAGAAGCUGUUCCUUGUUCAUCACUGGCCCGUGACCGUAUGCAAGAUGAGUGAAAAUGACUGCAAUGAUCCCCCCCAGUACUGGACAAUUCAUGGACUAUGGCCCGAUAAAGUAGACGAAUGUAAUAGAACAUGGCACUUCAAUGUGACUGAGAUUAAGGAUCUCUUGCCAGACAUGAGACACUACUGGCCUGAUGUACUCCAUUCAUCUCCUAAUCGCACCCAGUUCUGGAAGCAUGAGUGGGAGAAACAUGGGACCUGUGCAGCCACAGUGGAGCCUCUUAAUUCUCAAAAGAAAUAUUUUGGUAGAACAUUGGAUCUCUACCAAAAACUUGACCUCAACAGUUGUCUCCUGAAAGUUGGGAUAAAGCCAAGCAGUACCUAUUACCAGAUGAGAGCCAUAAAAGAAGCCCUUACAAGUGUUUAUGGAGUAACACCAAAGGUUCAGUGCCUUCCUCCAGAAGAGGGUGAAGAAGUGCAAACAAUUGGUCAAAUUGAAUUCUGUUUCACCAAAGAGUUGGAGCUGAGAAACUGUACAAACUCAGAGGCUGAAUUCUAUGUAAUGCCAAACAACUGGCAUUUUGGAUCUGAGGAGUUGUCUGUCUGUAAUGAUACCCUGACGUAUUACCCUGCACAGGUUCAGUUUUACAACUGAAGCUUCCAGAACUUGAAAUACUUGGUAACAGAUACCUUUUUAAAAUGAGAUACUUUGCAAAGCAAUGGAAAAAGCAGUUUUGAGUAAGUGAUACUAUGCUCACCUACCUCACAGGGGUGUUGUGGGGAUUAAUGUUUGAAGUGCUAUAAGUAUAAGGUGAUUCUUUUGUAUUAAAGAGGCAAUGGCCAGAUUCUAAUGUCAGUUACAUAGCUGGAAAUCUACAGCAAUUGCACUAGUUUAACUAAGGUCGGAAUCUGAUUGUGUUUUUUACAAUAGGAAACACUGUUUAAAAGAAAAAUGACAUCUCAAUGUUCAGAAUUGCAUUAAAGUCAGAUUCUUUAUCUGGGCA